UAUGUGAUACGUCACCAGUUGACCAGGAAGUUCUGUGGAGUUGUCCGUCAAGCGAAACAACUAAAGGCGGUUAUUGUUCUUCGCCAAGAAACCAAAUAGGCCUGCGUUUUGAAAUGGACGACACGCUUUUCCAGUUAAAGUUCACCUCCAAACAACUGGAGAGACUAGCCAAAAAGGCAGAGAAGGAGUCUGAUAAGGAGAAAGCCAAGGUCAAAAAGGCCCUGCAACAGAAAAAUGUGGAAUGUGCUAAGGUUUAUGCUGAGAAUGCCAUCCGGAAAAAAAAUGAAGGUCUGAACUGGUUGCGCAUGGCAUCUCGAGUCGACGCUGUGGCCUCCAAAGUCCAGACCGCUGUCACAAUGAAAUCAGUGACUAAAAACAUGAGCCAGGUGACCAAGGCUCUUGACAAAGCGCUGAAUUCUAUGGAUCUUCAAAAGGUCUCUGCUGUCAUGGAUAAAUUUGAAAGCCAAGUCCAGAACCUUGAUGUCCACACCUCAGUAAUGGAGGACUCCAUGAGCUCUGCAAUGACACUGACAACACCACAAGAACAGGUGGAUGACUUGAUCCACCAAAUAGCGGAGGAAAGUGGCCUGGAGGUGAUGGACCAACUCAGCAAAUUGCCUGCAGGAGCCACCUCAGUGGGUGCAGAAAGUUCACGCAGCCAAGAGAAGGAAGACCAGCUUUCCAGACGGCUGGCUGCUCUGCGGAACUGAAAGGUCACUUAACUCAGCUGCGUGGGAAAAAAGACACACUUGAUGGUGGCAGUGGUGGUAUUUGUCCUGAGGUCUUCCUACAAGAAAGGAGUAUCAACCUUCACAUUUCCUUGUUUUGACCGAACGGUUGUGUGCCCCCACCCUUGUAUGCCAUUUGCAAAUUGAUUCCGGGUGUACUUUAACUGUGUAAUGACAACAAUAAAGAUGAAAACUUUUAAUUCACAAAAGCAACUUAAGUGAUUAUACGGGAGUGGGACGUAUUUUACUGUUGUGUACCUGGCUUUGGUCAGACAUUUUUGGCCUUUGUAUCUGUUUGGAAAAGCAGUUGGGUGUCUCCUCUCAUCACAUCCAUCCACGUUCCAAAUAUUACACUUCAGUGAGACAUGUUUGAUUUUAUUUGUUGUUAAUUAACACACAUGCCAUGAUCUCCAUCUUCUGCGUUAACUAACUUACUCUGGAUUGAAGUGCUUUAAAGUGCCUGAAGGACUAUUGAAAGAGACAGGUGCGAGCUGAACACUGUACACUUUUUGUCCAAGUAAGGAAGAGAUGUUUUGCCAACAGCACCUUAGCACGAGAACUGACGACAGCUUGCUCUGGGCGUCAGAUGAACACACAAUCAUGUUUUUAGUUUAGGGUUUUUUUGUUU